AUUAGUAAAGUUUGGUUAGUGGUAAUAUGUGGUUAAGGAGUCAUUAAUUAUUAUUUUACCACUUUAUGAUACAUUAUAACGGAAGACUUUAGUCAUUGCCAUAAAAUUAGGAACUUAUGGAUUUUAGUGAGUGCUAGAAGUCGAGUGUAGUGCCAAUAGAAAUAAAAAUAUAUUGGAGAUGACAUAUUGAGUCCGGCGGUGAGGGAACAUGGCGUCUCUGUGUACAUGGAUAUCGAUAUAACCGACGAUAAGGUCCGACUGUGAGCUCAGUAUGAGUGGAGACGGGGUAGAGGAGGACCAAGUGGUGAAAGUGGAGGCCACGACUCCUGCCUCUACCAGUACAACCACAGCCACUGUGACUACCAUCACCAACAGUACCUCCAGCACGCGAGCAUCAACACCACCAGUAGAUUCUGUUAUCCCAUUAACACCACCACAUUCAACCACUACACCAACACCAACCAUCACCACUAGCACCACUGAUACACCAAUAUCAGUGUCAGCAACAUCAAUAGCAACACAGUCAACAACAGUUACAACUAUAGCAACUACAGCAGUGGUAACACCUGUAGCAGCAACUUUAGCUAGCAAGGAAAAAACUGAGGAGGAAGAAGUGGAAGAGGAAGAGAGCACAGCAGAUGAACCCAGUAGUUCUCCAGAACAAGUUCACAUCACUACAGAGCAGUUAGCUUCUCUGUCAAAGGAAGAGUUGGUAGAAAAAUGGUUUCAGCAAGAGAAAUUUGUGGAGAGUCUACAGAGCAGGAUGGAAGCAAUGGAAAGAGAAGUGGAAGAACUACGUAGCGCAAGAGAAAAUGAAGAGCGAUUGAAGGGGCAGCUAGCAGAAUUGCAGCGCAAGGAGCAAUACCACAUUAUGAGACUCUCCUGUAAGGAACAUGAACUACAGGAUAUGGGGGCGCAGGUACAGGAGCUGAAGACUAUGUCUGCGGGUGUAGGAGGCCUUAAACACUGCCUGCUGGACCCAGCCGUCAACUUGCUGUUUGAGAGGCUCAAACGUGACCUGGACUCAGCUCGCACCAAGAUGGAGGAGACCCAGAAUGAACUGUCGGCCUGGAAGUUCACCCCCGAUAGUAACACGGGAAAGCAGUUGAUGGCCAAAUGCCGCUUGUUGAUAAAAGAGAACGAGGAACUCGGGCGCAUGAUUACGUCUGGCCGUCUGGCCAAGCUGGAAGGUGAUCUGGCUCUUCAGCGGAAUUUUAGUGAGGAACUGAAGAGAUCUCAGUCAGAGUUGGAUGAGUUUUUGCUGGAAAUGGAUGAAGAUACAGAGGGUAUGCAGGGGACCAUUUACUACCUCCAGCAGCAACUGCGACAAGCUAAGGAGCGCAUUGCUCAAUUGAAUGCUCAGUUAGCACUUACUCAGACCCCAGAUACACAGCCAACUGAUGAGGGUAGUGCCCAGGUAGUUUCAGAAGGAGGCAGUGAACUAAAUAAUGAGGCAGAACGGACAGAAGAAAGGACAUUGGUGCCUCAGCCAAAUGGAGACGCUUCACAUGAUGAGCCUCAGACAAAUAGUGAAUCCUCAGAUUUAGACACGACAGCAGCAACUCCACUAACUAAUGGCCGUAAACGGACGCAGAGUGAAAUUGAUGAAGGGGCAGAAAUGGCUGAGGGGGGUCAAGACACUGGGGAGGAAUUUCUUAGUGAGGCUGAGGGUGUACCACCACGAAAACGGACCAGAACUGACGGUGAAGAGGAGGUUGGAGGAGAAGGAGGUGGAGAGGAGAGUACAGUACCGGUAGUGGAGAACGGUGUAUUAGAAUCAGAGUAGGGGAUGCAGGUGGCUUACUUGCAUUUUUCUCAUGUAGGGAAUUGGUGGAGUGUGUAAGUUCACCAAAGGAACAGAUGGCUCCCAGCCAGACCUCUCACCCACAACCUCGUGUGGUAAGUCAUACUGGCACGCUGUAGUCUGCCUCCCAGGCCCAGUGGUCUUUAUCAUGCACCACAGUUACUGUCCAAAUUUUGUACAGACAAUUCUCUCUUUUUUUUGUAUAGCUAAUUCUAAAAAAGUUAUCAAUGGCAGCAACAAUGUAUAUAGGCAUUGUUGGCCUCUUGGAUUACCUUGGCAGUCAUGUUUAAUACUGUAGGCUGCUAUGGUGCCUAGGUCUCUACAUUUGGAAUUCAGGCACACUGCAGACAAUAAUAGUGAGAAUUCAGCUGUUAAUUAGUGUGUGCCCAGUCUUUAUCUUCCCCCACAACGUGCUGUAAAUCCCUUUAUAGAAAGAAUUCCACAUAUUGUUUGUGUACUUGAAGGAUUGCCUCUCUCUUGUUUUGUUUUAUCCCAUGCAGGACUAACACACUGGUAACAUUGUUUUCUCUUCUACUUUAUGUACAUUUUUUUUUUUCAUUGUAUCAUUUUUUUUUAAUAUUCAGUGUGCCUUUACCUUUAUCAAUUAGAAACAGUUGUUCGGUGGAGGCCAAUCCCUAACUGUUGGCCCUAUGUUAUUGUAUUUUUUCAUUUAUGAAAUUCUAAUUAUGUUUUCAAAGAAUAUGCUUAAUGUGUUUGUUCCUUUUGUAUUCUUUGAUCCUCUUACUGUGUAUCAUGUGCGUCAGAGCCAUAUCAUAUACAGUACAACUGUUCAUGAGUAGACUACUGUCCUUGAUAUCUUUAAUUCUGUUAUCACAAUUCCUCCUUUAGAAUAAGCUUCACUCUGAACAAAGUGACUGUAUAUUCCCUCCGUCCUAUACAGCCAUUACAAGAUUUAUGUAGUUAACGAGUAAGACUCAAAGAUGUGGGUGGAGUAUAGAGGGGUUGGGGCACUUGCUGAUACAUACAGCUGGAUCUCUCAUCAGCCUCACAAGUUUGUUGUGUCACACAUACACAAAUUAAUUUACAGUGAUGUUUUAAUAUAAAGUCAAUCAAGAUGCACAUUUCUGGUUCCAGCAUCAAAACCAUUUGUUCCCAGUAUCUGUGUCAAAGCUAUUUAGCUUAAUGUUAUGUGACAUUUGUGAAUCCUUUAUGUUGGAGAAAAAGCUGUUAGUUUUGAAUUAUUUUUUUAUGCAAUAACACAGACUGUAAUUUAUUUUAUGCUUUUUUAUCAUUAUUUUUUUUAUCUUUUUUUGUACAGUUUCAGAAAGUGUUUGCUGAUUGAGUUUUUCAGAACAGAUAUGAUUUAACCUCAAACAAACAGUUGGUUACCUAGAUGUAUUAUAUUUUCAUAAAUGUACGUAUGAAUUAGAAUAUUGAACCUCAUGUUGUCAGUGGUGCAAGAGACAAUUUUGCUUGUUAUAUUGACCAAUAAAAAAUUGUACAUAGAUGUUUUCAAGAUGUAAAAUGUCUUCAAGGAAUUGCUCCAUUAUGGAUAAUAGUUGUAUCCAUUAGCAUCAGUGACUUCAUAAAGAUUAGUAUUAAUUUGGAUACAUUGAACUGAAAUUUUAUGUUUAUUAAUAUGAUUUUUUUGGAAGUCGUGUUUGCUUUCAAUUUCAUAUUUAUUGUUUUCCAUUUUGUUAGCAAUAAAUGAUACUUGGAAGAGGUUGAUAGAGAACUUUCGUCAUGGCUGUGAGGACUAGAGUGUGUGUAAGUUUUUAGGAAUCUCUUUUCUCUCACCUCUCUUCUAUCCUCCUCCUCUCUCUCUCUCUCUGGUCAAAAUGCUUCCCACUGAUGAUGGAUAUUCUUUAUAGAACAGUAUUUGUACACCUUCUGUUGUCAAAUUUGGUGUUGAUAUUUAAAAGCAAUUAUACAUAUGUGUCCAACAAGAGAAUUUCAUCUAGUGUAUAAAAGUAGGGAGAUACAUAUAUUUGGAAAAAUGUCACAUAAAGUGUAUGUCCAAAAUUAUAGGUAUGUAUAUACACAAAGAAUUGGCACUUGUGAUUGGGUUCUGUUUGAAGCUAGAGACUGGUCAGUAGAUUAAAUUAUAAUAUACUAAAUUGGUAGCUUAUUAAGAUCAUUUAAUGUUUGUUGAGGAUGAUGUAGGAAUGAUAUGGAAUGUUUGAUGUAGAAAAUGAAUGAUUACCAUAAAUAACAUCUGUUGUAGGAGAAAGUAGCUGUCAUAACAAGCGAUGGUUGAGAAGAAUGUUUGGCUGAAUGGGAACAUAAGUUGGUUUAAGUAAUAAAGGUGUGCAGUUUUAAGAACAUGUUUUUGCCAUGAAUGAUUGGUUGGAGAAUGAUGCUGUUGCUACAUGUUGUGGUGGUUAGAAACAUGCCACUGUUCAUAGUCUUCAGUUUACACUCCAGUUUUUAGUUAAGAUUUAAACCAGUACUGAAAAAAUGCAGGUACAAAUAAAUAUUUUACUUUAUUUCUAA